AUGCUGGAGACGUCUGUAAACGACAAGACAGAGUUCUCCGUCCUUCUGCUGACGUCACUCGCAUCUCUAGCUAUGUUUAUUUUGUCCUGCUGGGCUGACAUGUCGGGUUCUUCAUACAAGGGUCAAAAUCCUGAAGUGAAGGCUGGCAUACUCUCUUGGUUAACCUUCGCCUGGUUUGAAUCGUUUAUGAUCAAAGGGUACAGAGCAGCACUGGACAAAAGCGAGGUCUACCCUCUUCACCCUGAAGAUUUUUGUGAGAGAGUCAGCCGACAGUUCUUGAGAGUCUGGGAAAAAUGUAGACAAACAAAACGGCAGAAUAGUCACACGGAUAGCCAAGGAGAGAAAGCGCCUCUUAUACAGACUCAGGAAACGAUCAAGGCAAAAUAUAGCCGGAAACAGGAUGCUGUGUCAUUGAUAAAGGACAACACUCAUCACACACCCAAUGGCAUAAAGGUAAAAGAAGACGAUUUGGAGGAGGAAGAUAAGGAGAGUGCAAAGGUGUCUUUUACAUGGGCGUUCUGGCUUUGUUUCUGGAAGGAUUUUCUGUACUGCCAUUCAGGAAUUUUGGGUUAUGCUGUGGUGCUUCUUGUUCAGCCUGUCAUUCUCGGAUGGGUCAUUGACUACGUGAAAGACCUGAGUGAGCCCGCCUGGCACGGCUAUGUGUACGUGGUGACGUUUGUGGCUGCUCAAAGCAUCCCGACCCUCAUCAUGGUAGGAGGCUGUUUCCUCACCUGCCGGCUCGCUAAUAGGAUAAAGAGCACGGUCAUUUCUGCCGUGUUUCGGAAGUCACUGACGGUUGGUAGCGAAGCACGCCGUGAGUUCUCCGUGGGGGAGAUUGUCAACUUAGUGUCUGUGGACGCUCAGCACAUUCACCGAGUCAUCCACUUCGCUCACUACCUGUGGUUUGGUCCUCUGCUCAUCACUGUCUCUGUGGUACAACUGUGUCACGUGCUCGGAGUGGCGGUUACUUUUGUCUCAGCUGUGAAUUUCCUGGUACUCAUAUUGGCGGCAAAUGCAGUCGUUGCCAAGGUAAUGAAGCGAUACCAAGGUCAGAUCAUGAAGGUCAAGGACGAACGUCUGAAGCUGAUGGGUGAACUUCUGAACGGAAUUAAGGCAAUCAAGCUGUACGCAUGGGAACCAAUGUUCAUCCAAGAGGUGGAGGAGGUGAGGGAGAGGGAGCUGGCCAUACUUUUCAAAUACGCGCUUCUAGAAGCUGUGCAGAUCUUCUUUUGGAGCGGUACUAUAUUUUGGAUCACAUACUUCACGAUGGUGGGCGUGGUGUUGGCGCAAGAUAGCCACUACCUAGACGCCAGCACAGCCUUCGUGUCCAUGAACUACAUCUCUGUGCUGAGACUCGCCAUCAAUAACAUGCCCAAACUCCUCAAGGACAUGGUCACGACCCGGAUCCUGGUGACCCACGGGGUCCAGUGGCUUCCGGAAGUUGACCUCAUUCUGGUCAUGCAGCAAGGGCGGGUCAUCGAGUCAUGCACGUUCCCGGAACUGAAAGGUCGGAGCGGACCCUUGUCCCAGUACCUGGCACAGUGUCUGGAUGAAGACCAUAAGAAAAACGAAAAUGAUAUUGACGUAGAUGUGGUUAAGGGAAAAAAGAAAGCUGUGUUCAUCAUCGUGUUCGCUAUCGUGUACCAAGUCCGCCAUGUUGCCGCCUCCCGCUCCCUCCAUGCCGGUCUUCUAAACGCUCUGAUGCACGCGCCCAUCAGCUUCUUCAACAGCACGCCCAUGGGGCGCGUUUUGAACCGAUUCAGCCAAGAUGUGGCCGCGGUAGACAAUCAGAUUUUUCUAGUCUUUGAAAUGGUCUUCAAUAAUUCCACUGAGUUAUUGGGCAGUCUCAUUACCAUCUGCUACACCAUGCCCAUACUGCUGGCAGCUGUGGUACCUGUGCUUGUUCUCUUCAGGCUCGUACAGGUCCUGGCCAAAUGA